AUGGCGCCAGUGAGAGAAUGGAACCGCACAGCAGUCAUGGAAUUCAUCCUUCUAGGGUUUGGAAAUGGUCCAGGAUGCCAGAUGAUCUCUUCUGUCUUGUUUCUGGUGAUUUACACGGCAACCGUGCUGGGAAACACCGUCCUAGCCCUCAUCAUUAGAGUCAACUCUUGCCUUCACACCCCCAUGUACUUCUUCCUCACGAACCUGUCACUCUUAGACCUCUGCUUUUACUCCUCCGUCAUUGCCCCCAGAGCCAUAGCAAGCUUCCUAUCAGGGAGAAAAGCCAUUUCCUAUAAUGGAUGUGCCACCCAAUUCUUCCUCUUCUGUCUCUUCCUUGCCACCGAAGCUUUCCUCCUGGCAGCGAUGGCAUUUGAUCGAUACACCGCCAUCUGCAAGCCUCUCCUGUAUCCCAUCACCAUGUCCAAGUGGGUUUGCAUUCAGAUGGUAGCAGGGUCGUAUAUCUGUGGCUGUGUGAACACCAUGGUGCAAACAGGCUUUACCUUUACACUGCACUAUUGUGGGCAUAAUGAAAUCGAUCAUUUCUUCUGUGACGGCCCUCCCUUGAUCAGUAUCUCCUGCAGUGACACGUACGUCAAUAAUCUUGUGAUGUUUACUUUAUGUGGCCUCAUCAUAGCGAGCACUGUCAUGAUUGUGCUCAUCUCCUACAUCUCCACCGUCCUCCAGAUUCGCUCUGCUGAGGGCAGGCACAGAGCCUUCUCCACCUGCACCUCCCACAUGUUGGUUGUGACUUUAUUUUAUGGGACCAUUGCUUUCAUGUAUGCCCAGCCCACUUGGUUAUCUUCUCUGUACCCAAGGAAAGCAGUAUCUGUGUUUUACACCUUUGUCAUUCCCAUAUUGAAUCCCUUUAUCUACAGCCUUAGGAACAAGGAUGUUAAAGAAGCUUUGAGAAGGACUGUGGUCCACGAAUCCUUGACAAAAUGA